AUGGCGGACGGACUAAAUGGAGAAUUUUUUGAUCGUAAAACUAUGCCUUUUUUCCGGAAAAAAAAAUUGUAUACUUUUGCGGAAUUAUCAAAAUACUUCUCCAUUGGUGAAUGCUAGACAAAAGCAAUUUUUUCUCUGGAAAAUUUUUGCCUGUUUAUUGAUGAGAUUAAAAUGUCUCAGGUCAAUUACAAAGGUGUACUGCAAAUUCACUGCCAAAAAUCAAAGGUAGCUCUUCCUCGAUACAGCUGCACGGAAAGAAUCCAGGGCUAUAGUCCAGUUUUCUCAGCGAAUGUAGUUGUUUUCGGACAAAAUUUUACUUGUGGAGGCGAAUUUAGCAACAAGAAACAGGCAGAACAAGACGCGGCGAAAGUAGCGUUGCAUGAAUUGGGAUUGCUUGAACCAGAUCUAGAUGCAGAUAAACCAAAAUUGCAACAAUAUGAGAUCAAGCAACCUUUGUUCGUUGUCGAUGGCGCUGACGAUAGCCAGGAUAAAUCUUGUCUAACCACGGACCCUUCGUCAACACCAGUAACAGGUGAAUCCCCGGAAGAUAAGCUGCAGACGUCAACUUCAUCAAUUGGAGAAGAUUUGUGCUCACCUGUCGCCCAGAGUCCGGCUACAGGGAUGGUUUCUUUAUCAUAUAAGAAUAUUCUCCAAGAGAAAGCACAGAAAAUGGGAUUGCCUCUUCCUCAAUAUGAGACCACUGUAGAGGGGUCUGGUUUUGUUUGCACCAUGACCUUUAACGGGCAACAAUAUAAGAGUGAAGGAGUUUCAUCCAACAAAAAACAAGCUCAACAGAGUGCAGCAUCAGUAGCUAUUAAGCUCUUGACUUCGGAGCAAGGAAGUGAGCAAAAAUGUCUGGUACAAAAGACCAUUGCACAAGACAGUCAGAGUCCUGCAGCCACUCCAGAAAAAUUUGACAACAAAUUGUCUUACAAGAAUCUCUUUCAGGAGAACUGUCAGCAGAGAGGGAACAAACCACCCAGUUAUCAAACAUCCUGGAAUGGGUCUGGAUUUAUCAGCCUUGUUCAGUUUGGUGACAAGACUGUGUCAUCAAGGGUGCCAUGCUCUAGCAAAAAACAAGCACAGCAACUGGCUGCCAGGGAAGCACUGUUAGCUGUAGGAGUAACCGAUCCAGAAGAUGCAUUUAACAACAAAGAAUCAAGAAAAAUGAAAUCCAAAAGAACUAUGCCACAGAUGAGUGGAUUGAAAAGAACCUGGGUACACUCCCAUGGUGGACAAGGACAAUUAAAUCCAUGGGGAGAUGUUGACCAUAACUGGCAUCAAGCGAUUAUGAACAAAAGACAAAAGCUGGACACAGAUGAGUACCCUCUCAACAAAGGAAAAUUUGAAGGAAGUACAUUUGCUCUUCCAUUAGAACACAGGCAAGAUCUUACAGUUGCUGAAAUAUGGAAGGAGAAGAAAAAUAUUGCCAUUGUUGGAGAUAAAGAGUCAUCAUUCAUUUUGUACUGUACAAGAGUUCCUGGGACUUGUAACAUUUUUAACACUCGCACCAUGUCCUUUGUUUUGCUUGAGCCAGGUUAUCGCAUAGUUGGGCUUGAUGCUUGUUACACUGAUCAUAAAGGCAAAGUUGCUCUUCAGGCUGAGAGAUGUGCAGAUAUUAUUAUACCUGAAUCACCAGAUCCUGUUUUGACAAGCUGUGGAGUUGUACUACUUUAUCGAGAUCCAGAAUCAAGUUUACUUCAGGUGCUCCUGAAACGAUAUCUUUCCAGUCAAGCAUUUGUCAGUGUGGCUGCAGCAUUAGCGCAGUACUUUCGUCGCAUGGUCUCUGGUCGUCCUGUAUCGCUGGACAUUCCAAGCCUGACAGAACACAUUUGUGAUUGGAUGUUGGAAGAAGUUCAAAAUAUUGCAGGAAUGCAUGAAGAAGCUCUUCAUCAGUUGUUUUCUCACAUGUGGAAGUUCAACAAGAAAUGGUGCUCUGUUUUAAGUCCUCCCCUUCCUCAUGAUCUUGAAUCACUGAAGGCCAGGGCUUUGGAUGAACUUGCCCGUCGACAAGCAAGUGAUGUUCAGUACUCUGAGGAUUAUUAUCAUCCAUGGAGUCUUCCUAAAGGAAAUUUCAAACAUAGAAUGCUUUCAACAGGUCUUUUUAUUGAACCUGCUGUCGACUGUGCAGUGAGAGAAUUGAAAGAAGAAACAGGAAUCAAACUGGACAUUGAUCAAGUGAAAAAUUGCCCCUGGAUUGAUUUGCCACAAGAAGAUAAUUUGAAUCCCCAUAAAGGUGAUAUUGUAAGGUAUUUCCUGUGUGUGUACCAUUCAGAUGGCAAUGAAGAGUUAAAUUUGUCACAGGACAUGACUGUAGUAAAUACCUCCAUAGAGUGGGAAGCAAAGCAAAGUAUUGAUGAAGUGGAAGGUUUUCCUUCUUUUGGCACAUCCAACGAGCAAGAGGCUGUUGAAAAUGAACACAAUGACAUAACUAACCCACAAAAAUGUCAAGAGGACAUCCAACAUGACAUUCACAUUGUGACAAAGGGACAAGAGGUGGAGGAAGCCCAAGAUGAAGCCCAAAGUCAAAAGGAAGAUGCACAUGGAAGAGGAAUUAAGCGCAAGAGGGAUGAAGAUGAUGAUUUAAAAACAGAGGACUGCCAAGUGAGAGGAAUAUCUUUGAUGCCUCAGGACUGCAACGUUUCACUUGAUUCUUUGCCGUCACCUGUGUCUGAGUCAAAGCAAGAAGUAAUAUUUGCAGCUAAGUCACCUCAUGUCCAGAGCAGUGUACAUGAAGAGUGUUCUUGGUUUUCUGUUGAGGAGGCAAGAACAAAAUCACCUGUAUUUGAACUGGUUUAUCAAAGGGAGGAAUUCCAACAACUUCUAGCCUCGAUUUUGGCCUCACAAGAGAGAUAGUACAGAAUAAUUUUGAAUCAUAGUAUAAAAUUAGCAGCCUUGUUACAAAUUGCUCCCCUUUUUAUCAUGUCUGAGAUUUAAAGCUUGUACGCUAGAAAAUUCUUUUUCAUUAUGUAUUAGCCAUUGCCUAUGUAAUAGAUACGGAGAAUUUUAAGUUGUCAUCAUGAAAAUGGUUAGUUUUUUUUUUUAACUGUAAGCCUCAUCUCAGUAGAUUAAUUACUGACUUCUUUCACUCUUUGACCCCCAAGAUCCUAUUGAUAAUUCUCCCCUCCUACUGCUUCUCAUUUCCCUGUAAACAAGUCAUGAGAAUUUGGUGUUAGAUCAAGAUAACUUUUACCUGAUAAGUUUGAGUAUUCUUAUUACCUUUCUGCAGGAAAGUGUAUGGAUAUUGUGGGGAGAUGUUACAUUUUGAUAGAGUCAGGGAGUUAAAAGGGUUAAACCAGAGAGCAUGGGAGUUACUCAUCCCAGACAGAGUAAAUUUAAAUGAGAAAUGCAUGGUAUAAUUGUAAAAGAUUAUGUUGCAUGUGAGGGACAAAAAGGUGAUUCAUGAAAAGUGAAAUCCAUUUUUGUCAUUCAUAUUGGAAUUUUCAUAUAUUUAUAGAAAAGUGGAUGUGAAUGUAAAAAGUUUCACUGUUGAAAUAAGACCUUUUGCAAUUAUUGGGGAUUUAGUAUGCAAGAAGUCUGAAAAAAUUUCACAUGGUCCAAGUUGACCUCUGACCAUUUUCUCAGAAAUUUUCUUAAACAAGAGUGUUGAAAAUUUUAAGGUGAAGUAGUUCUUUGGAUGUCGCUGUUAAAAAGUAGGAAUUCCACUUUUUUUCCUCUGACUUUUACCACCAACUUGUUAACUAAACUUUUUAAUAACAUCAUACCCAUCAUGCAGUAAAGAAUGACAACUUACAAUAAUGUACAUUAUGAAUAUCUUUUAUUUGCCCCAAGUACACAGCUAUUAGUCUGUGUCCAGAAUGAAAGAUCUUGUUCAAACUUUAUAUGUAUGUUGCAUAGAGCAAACAACGACAAUAACAAGCAUUUUGUAACAGAACAAAGAUUAUACACCACCACUAACCUGAUUACAAACAAUGUGGAUAUCUUGAAUGACAAAAGAAUCUAAACAAACAAAAUGCUGGUUUGAAGGAAAUCUAUUAUCUACAUUUCAUCUUCUACACUAAAUUUUUUUUUUCCUCAGGACAACAUUAACUUUCAGCACAUAUAUAUUUAGUACUGAUUUGAAAUGAACUCUUCUUGCCAUCAACAUCACUCAACUUGCACUUGUUAAAACAAUUGCAAUUUAAAACAAAUGAAAAAAUUCUGUGCAAUACCCAAUGUAUAUGUAAGGUUGGUGCUUCAACAGCAUAGGCCCUUACCAACUAACAAUGCCGCAUGACUUAGGGGCUAGGAAGAGUUCAUCUGAGAACAUUGAGAAGGUGAGAGAAAUACUUUCCUGUAAAUGUAAGUUAUUGAUCCAAUCAAUCUUAACUCUUUUAUUCCCAAGACCCGAUUGUUAAUUGUCCCCACUAGCUGCUACACAUUUCCAUGUGAAUUAGUUACAAAAAUUUGAUGUUGUAUUAAAAUAACAAGCUUUAUCUGG